AUGGCGAGCUCCGGCGAUGAAGGGCGCGUGGUGGUGGACCUCCGCUCCGCGGCGGAGUCGGCGGCUGCCGACGAGGAUGCCCACGCCACGCCUCUCCACGAGAUCGAGUCCCUCUGCAUGCGCUGCGGUGAGAACGGCAUCACGAGGCUUCUGCUGACGCUGAUCCCGCAUUUCCGGGAGGUGGUUCUGAUGGCCUUCGAGUGCCCUCAUUGUGGGGAGAGAAACAAUGAGAUUCAGUUUGCUGGACAGCUCCAACCCAAGAGAUGCUGCUAUAGCUUGGAGGUUCCGUUGGGGCAGAGUGAGAUACUGAAUCGUCAGGUCGUGAAGUCUGAUUCAGCGAUUAUCAAGAUUCCAGAGCUGGACUUUGAGAUUCCUCCAGAAGCUCAACGUGGAACACUUUCUACUAUGGAAGGGAUUAUUAUGCGAGCUGUGGAUGAGCUGCAGGCACUUCAAGACGAACGAAAGUUGAGAUCUCUUGGGUCAGGAGAGGCUGCAUUCACCUUUAUUCUUGAUGACCCCAAGGGAAACAGCUUUAUUGAGAACCCGCAUGCUCCGUCAUCAGAUCCUUUACUAUCUGUGAGAUUCUACGAAAGGACUCGUGAACAACAAGCAGCACUUGGUUUUCUUGCUGAACCACCAACAGAACAGCCUGGAGAGGCUGUUUUGCCUGCUUCAGCUAAUUCUGAUGGGUUGCAAAGCGUGCCCCAUGGCUCAGUUGGAGCUGUUGCAGGUCGUCGUGCUAUAGCUCAGGGAAACCCUGACGAAAUUGCUGCAUCAUUGUGUAGAUACUCAGCACCAGAAGAGGUUGAUACUUUACCAUCAACUUGUGGGGCCUGUGGAACAGAAUGUGUCACACGUUUCUUUGCUACAAAAAUCCCAUAUUUCCAGGAGGUGAUUGUUAUGGCGACAACAUGUGACAUGUGUGGUUAUCGCAAUUCAGAGCUGAAGCCUGGGGGUGAAAUUCCAGCGAAGGGAAAGAAAAUUACACUGCGUGUUCAAAACGCACGAGACCUUACUCGUGAUGUCAUAAAGUCAGAUUCAGCUAGCGUGAAAGUCCCUGAACUUGAGUUGGAGCUUUCAUGUGGAACGUUGGGUGGUAUGGUCACAACUGUUGAAGGUUUAAUUGUGAAAAUAUGCGAGGCUCUGGAGAGAAUACAUGGAUUCCAAUUGGGCGAUAGCACACUCGAAUGGAAAAAGAAGAAAUGGGAGGAUUUCAAGGAGAGACUAUCCAAGCUUUUAAGUUUACAAGAAGCCUGGACUCUAAUAAUUGAUGAUGGAUUGGCGGCUUCAUUUGUGGCCCCGGCUACUGAAUCGUUAGAAGAUGACAGCCAGCUAACCAUGGAGGAGUAUCAGAGGAGUUGGGAGCAGAAUGAGGAACUUGGCCUGAAUGACAUGGAUACGUCCUCUGCAGACGCGGCUUACAACACGACCAGCACAUGA